CUAGAGAUCGCGAUUACGGUAAUUGGACGAUUCAGGUGGAGCAAAUUACGGUGAAACAUCGUACUCGUUGGCAUUAUACAAAUUCUGAUUUACUAUUUCGCUAG